AUGCAGCAUUCGGAAAUUCCCAGUCCUGAUUCGGAUGGCUCGGGCUCUUCUGAUGAAUUCCCCCAGUACCCUGUGAGGACUAAUUCAUCAUUUGGAGAGACCAUCGACGAUCAAAUCCAAACACCUACAAGCACCAUCACAUCUUCCCCUCCGUCCAUUUCACCCAAUCUUACCUCAUGGUCUAACGCGCCACCGACACGGCCCCGUGGAGUUAGCCUCAGUGCUACCACUCUCCUUGACAAGUCCGAUGGGCUUGUUAUGGCCAGCGAUUUGCGACCUCAGCGCCCAUCCGCCCCGGCACGAACACCGUCAAAUACAUAUGCCCCACAGCGGCGCCCACCACAAUACAUCAACCUUCAGGAAGACCGUCAGCGAUCAUCAUCAACCAAGCGAGGCACCCGACGCGAUCCGAACGCGCAAUACCGUGCCCAAGAAAAAGCCUACGUCCAACGGAUUCGCGCGAACCCACAAGCCUGGUAUCACCACGCCAAAGACGCACAGUCCAGCGUCAUGAUAGAAGGGGAUGGCGACCUAGAGGAGCCCUCUCCUUCCUCUGAAGUUGCGUUUGAAGAUGAUUCUUACGAUCCUGACACUCAACUUUUCCUCCCGGACGACAAUCUACCAAGUACAGAAGAACUCAAGCAUCCCAAGAAUCAAGAGCGGCUUGAGUGGCAUUCUAUGCUGGCGUCGGUCUUGAAGGGAGAUGUAGUGAAGCAAGAAAAACAGCGACUCAUCGGAUCUGCGGAAUCAAAGCGGUCGGCGGCCCAGAGCUAUGCGCUCUGGAUCGGAGUUCGGGCAAGGACGUGCGGCCGAAGUAUUCCUCUGCAGCGCAAGUUAAUUGAGGAUGCGCGGUCACAUCUGGGUCCCCUAAUUGAGGAUAUCAUCGCAUUCCAGAUUAAAGGCGAGACUGAGAUCGGGAAACCGGCAAGGCAGCAAGUCGAGGAUGUCGUGGAGAAGGUCGAGCGAUGCGAAAUUCUCUAUUCUUCGCAUAAGGAAAUGGAACUCGCAAACCCCCGUGUUGCCUCGGAGGAAUUCACCUCUAGCCGCGCAGCCAUAUUUGCGUGGCACAACAUCACGGCUCUCAUCAACACCGAGCUGGCUAUACUGCAGAGCUGGGUAGGAAACGAGGCUCUUGAUUUCAGCCAACCGAGGAUCAAGUCUGCUAAGGAUGAUCUUUCGGAUGGGUCGUCCUUCCUUGAUCGCAUUAUGAAGGAAGAUGGCUUGAAGACGCUCCAGGACAAGGACGGCAUGCUUCUUCGCAUUCUCAUCGUCAUUCAGAAAGCGAAGAGCACACUGAUCGAGAACUCGGAAGCGUUUGCCGCGCGACACCUGCCGCCAUAUAUCGAAGAACUACUAACACUGAUUAACUUCCCCUCUCGGUUGAUCCAGGAAAUCAUUCGAGUUCGUCUAUCCUAUGCCAAGAAUAUGAAAGACCCAGCCCAGCAAGCCCCUAUUUUGAUUGAUCAGAUGAUUUCCCAAUUCCAAAUCCUGAUGAAAGUGGCGGUCGAUAUUAAGUUCCGUUACCUUGAUGUCUCGCGGCCAGAACCUGGCUGGGAUUUGCCGCCUUGUGUCGAUGAGAACUUUGACAACUCCGUCUUGGAUGCUAUGAAAUACUAUUUCCGGCUCCUCAACUGGAAGCUGAAUGCCAACAAGAACACUUUCAAGGAGGCCGAAAUUCUGGAACAGGAAUGGGGAUUCUCCUAUGAUAUCGGUUGCCGGCUUGACGGUGGAGAUAUUGAGGUGGCCGAACAAUUCAGUGCCCUCACUGCCAGAUCACUGCAGCGUCUCAUGAUUCAUUUCGAACGUGAGCUCGUUCCGAGACCCACCGAAACUGUACAGGAUAUGGACAAACGGUACAAGAGCAUUUUGGAUUCAACGCGCAUUCGUCAGCGCAAGCUCUAUCGAUUUUCCAAAUUUCUGUGCCAGUUGUUCGAAAACGCUACCGAAUACAACAUCACGACCGAUAUCGCGUAUGAUUUCUUUGAGGCGCUCUUAAUUUCCGACCACUUCCUUGUCACCUCUACCACAUCUGUUGGGCAGAAAGGAGUUUAUCUGAUUGCACAUCAUGCAUUAUGGAACCGUCCUGCUGAUAUCCAGGGUAUCCUGUCUACCUCCUUCAAAGAGGAUGAUCCAACCCAGGAUGUCCACGUCCCCUAUGUUCUGGCCAUCCGACCCGAAAGACCCCUUGCCUGGGCAGGAAAGGAAAUGCAAAUGGAGUUUUUGGAACAUCCGACGGAUGUGCGGCUGGGCAAGCUACGUAUCGUUGUUGGAGGCAUGCAAGAACGACUGCAAAAUGGGCGUAUGGAGCUCGCGCGACUCACGGGCAUCCAGCUUGAUAUGGUCAUUGAACAACGUGCAAACCUUGGACGUGUAAACGUUGAGUUGAACAAGAUCAAGAAGAUCUCUUUCAAACUGUCCAUGACCAUUAUGGAUAGUGUGGCUAUCAUCAAAGAUCAACUACAUGAGAGAAACUGGGAGAACAAUGAUUUGAUCCAAGCCUGCUAUGCAUUCGCAACAGAAUUUGGCAAACGGUCCUCCAACUACGUUGAUGCUAACAGGCGUGCUAUGAACAGUGCCCGGCUGGUGGAGUUGUCCCUCGACUGGGUCGCGUUCAUCUGCGAUGAGUGUGACGCUGCGGACCGAAAAACCUUCAAGUGGGCUGUGGCAGCCCUUGAGUUUGCGAUGGCGAUCACAUCCAGCCGACAUCUUCUGUCCAUGGAUCAAGAACAGUUCAGUGAUUUCAGAUUGAAAGUGGCGGGAUGCAUGUCCCUUCUCAUCUCUCAUUUCGAUAUCAUGGGUGCGCGGUCUUCCCUUGCGGCGAAGAACGAGAAGCGCAUGGAGGAACGCAAUGGCGCCCGGCAGAUUGGCGCUGGCCGGAUCACUAGCGACGAGGAAGCAUCAAAACUCGUUCGUGAUACAUGGCAGGCACGUAUUUUGGAGAUUGAAGAUAGGAGAAUUGAGGAAGAUGCAAAGCGCCAGGCUCUAGGAAAAGUGCUAGAAGGAUCUGAUGAGGCUGAUCGGUCACUCACUGUGCUAUCGUCAUCGGCUACCAACGUUACUCUGCGCUGGCAGCAAGGCCAGUUCAUCGGCGGUGGUACCUUUGGGUCUGUCUAUGUGGCUAUCAACUUGGACAGCAACUAUUUGAUGGCUGUCAAAGAAAUCCGCCUGCAAGAUCCCCAGCUCAUUCCAAAGAUCGCCCAGCAGAUCCGAGACGAAAUGGGCGUGCUUGAAGUGCUCGAUCAUCCGAACAUUGUCUCCUAUCAUGGCAUCGAGGUACACCGUGACAAGGUUUACAUCUUCAUGGAGUACUGCUCAGGUGGCUCGCUCGCUAGCUUGCUAGAGCACGGGCGUAUCGAGGACGAAACGGUCAUCAUGGUUUAUGCUCUUCAACUCCUAGAGGGUCUAGCGUAUCUCCACGAAGCCCAUAUCGUGCACCGUGAUAUCAAACCAGAGAAUAUCCUGCUUGAUCACAACGGUGUCAUUAAGUACGUUGAUUUCGGUGCAGCCAAGAUCAUCGCUGGCACGGGCCGCACAGUUGCCCCAAUGGACAAUCCUCAAGGAGCCGGCUUCAAGGAGCCGGCCAAAGACCCCACGAACCAGCGCAAAAACCAGAAGACAACCACCGGAACUCCGAUGUACAUGUCACCCGAAGUGAUCCGUGGCGACGCUGCAAAUCUAGACAACCGCCAAGGCGCUGUGGAUAUCUGGUCUCUGGGCUGCGUGGUUCUAGAAAUGGCAACUGGCCGCCGGCCAUGGUCGACGCUGGACAACGAGUGGGCAAUUAUGUACAACAUCGCGCAAGGCAAAACACCCGCGCUUCCCUCUCGCGAUCAACUCAGUGACCUAGGCGUCGACUUUGUGCGUCGCUGUUUCGAAUGCGAUCCCGCUCGCCGCGCCACUGCCGCCGAACUCCUACAGCACGAAUGGAUCGUUUCCAUCCGUCAACAAAUCGUCUUAGAGCCCCCUACUCCGACCAGCAGCGAUUAUAGCAGCGGUUCCAACUCAAGCUCUCGUCAAAACUCGGCAUAUAUGUGA